UCAGUGUGUGUUAUCAAUAGUUCAGAUCAGUUGCUCAUCAUUCUGCAUUGAAAAUAAGGAAAACAUCACUGCCUCCAGUUCCAUGAUGCAAAAGAAAUAUUACAAGGGGAGUUCCUGCAAACAAGAGUCUGUAGCACUUACUGCUGUGGCAUUACAAGAUCAGAUUUUACAUAACCUUCAGCUGCAGAAUCUUUCAUUAGCAGAUCCUUUUAAGUCAAAGACACAGAGUAAAAAGGCUAAAUACAGACGUGUGAACAAAAAGACAACCAGAGCAGUAGUAGAUACUGGACUAAGGAAAAGAAGCAGUCGCCAGCAAAAAAAUGAAGAUCCAGAAAAGGAAUAUGUUCUUGAUUCUUGUCCUCAACCUCUCACUUUAGCUCAGAAACUGGGGUUGGCGGAACCUCCUGCUAAGCCACUAACCAUGGAGGAAUGGGAACAUGUGAAGCAACGGUCCAUAAAUCAAGGAGAUUCUGUUCAGCCUUGUGCCAUAUGCAGAGAAGAAUUUGCACUUCAGCCACAGGUUUUGCUUUCAUGUUCUCAUGUGUUUCACAGAGCAUGCUUGAAAGCUUUUGAAAGGUUUGCAGGUAAAAAGACCUGUCCAAUGUGUAGAAAGAUCCAGUAUCAGACCCGAGUAAUUCAUGAUGGAGCACGCCUAUUUAAAAUAAAGUGUGUUACAAGAAUUCAAGCUUUCUGGAGGGGACACAUUGUUAGAAAAUGGUAUAAAAAUCUAAGAAAUACAGUGCCUCCAAAAGAUACCAAGUUAAGAAAAAAAUUCUUUGAGGAAAAGUUUACAGAGAUCUGCCAACGAUUAUUGAAUUCAUAUGAUACUCACGUAGAUGAGCUCUUCUCUGAAAUUGAUUCUACUGUAGCUGCAAGCCAAGAUGUGUUUAGACAACUAGACAAGACCUUGGGCCCACUCAUAAGUGAAGUUGAAUGGGAAAAGAUACAAAUGCAGGCAUUCCGGCAAGACAUAGUUGACUGCCCAAUUUGUAUUAUGCCACUUGUCCACCCUACUCAUCCUCAGGAUGGAUUUUCCCAAGACAUUUCUCAAUCUUGCGGCCGUCAGACUAUUCUGCUCUCCUGUUCACACAUGUUUCAUAGUACCUGUCUUCAAGCUUUUGAAGAGUUUUCCUUGGGAGAAAGACCCAUAUGUCCUUUAUGCCGCUCCUGUUACCAGAAGAAAAUUCUUGACUAACAAUUUACUAUAAAAUAUCAAUAUUUGUUUUUA